GGAGGCUGCGGCUGUGAGGGCACCAGGACACAGCCAUGUCCCAGCCCAUCUCCUGCCCCAAGGAGCAGGGGGAUGGCGCGGAGACCCCCCCCAAGCCAUCACCAUUGGGAUCCCCGCUUCUCUUCCCUGGGGAGACGCUGUUCCGGCAGGCCGGCGGGGUCACCUACCGCAUCCCGGCGCUGCUCUACAUCCCACCGGCAGCCACGUUCCUGGCCUUCGCCGAGAAGCGGUCCUCAGCCAGGGAUGAGGAUGCCAAGUACCUGGUGCUGCGGCGGGGCCGGCGGCACGGCCCCUCGGUGCAGUGGGGCCCGGUCCAGGACCUCUCCUCUCUGACCCUUCCCGGCCGCCGCACCAUGAGCCCGUGUCCCCUUUACGACUCCUCCACCGGCACCACCUUCCUGUUCUGCAUCUGCGUGCAGCGGGGCCGCUCGGAGCGGGGCCAGCUCUGGCGCGGCUGCAGCGCCGCCCGCCUCUGCUUCGCCACCAGCCCCGACGGCGGCCGCGCCUGGAGCCCGCUGCGGGAUGUGACGGACGAGGCCAUCGGCACCGACCUGUCCCGUUGGGCUACGUUCGCUGUGGGGCCGGGCCACGGCAUCCAGAUGGAUUCGGGGCGCUUGGUGGUGCCGGCCUAUGCUUACUACAUCCACAGGCGCCUGUGCGGGGUCCUGCCGCUGCCCUGCUCCACGCGGCAGCAUUCCCUUGUGUUUUAUAGUGAUGACAACGGGCACCACUGGCACAAGGGUGCCCUGCUCGAGGGCCAGCGGACCGGUGAGUGCCAGGUCGCCCAAAUCCCUGGGGAUGAUCCCGACGUUCCCAUGCUCUAUUGCAGCGCACGGGCACCGCGGGGAUGCCGGGCCGUGGCGCUCAGCACCGACCUCGGGCUGCGCUUCCAGCCCCCGGUGCAGUGCCCGGUGCUGGGUGAGCCCCCUCGGGGGUGCCAAGGCAGCGUCGUGAGCUUCCCCGCACCGCAUCACCCCGGCCCCGGCCCCGCACCGGCCUGGCUGCUCUACUCGCAUCCCAUCGACCGGCACCGGCGCCGCGAUCUGGGCCUCUACGUGAACCCCUCGCCGCUGGACCGCGAUGCGUGGUGGCACCCAUGGGUGCUGCGGGAGGGGCCGGCAGGGUACUCGGACCUGGCUGCGUGUCCCGAUGGGCUCUUUGGGUGCUUGUUUGAGUGCGGGGCUCAGAGCGCCUGCGAGGAAAUCGCCUUCUGCCUCUUCAGCCUGGGCGCCUCCAUCCGCGGCGAGCAGAGCAUCGGUACCCCCGGAACGGAGCCGGGAUAGAGGGGGAGCAUUCCCGAGCGCUGGACCCCAGAG